CAUCUUUUGCACAGCUUCACAAGUUAAUCAGGCAGAGGUGACCAAAGCAGCGAGAUGUUACCUCCAGUUCUCAUCAUUUCAAUGUGUAUUGUAGCUAUUGAAGUUGUUGUUGGAUUUAUGGGAAAUGGAUUUAUUACAGCUGUUAAUAGCAUUAACUGGAUCAAAAGCAAAAAAAUCUCUGCUGCUGAUAUGAUUCUGAUCUUCCUGAGCACAUCAAGAUUUAUCUUGCAGGUGACUGUAAUGAUGUACAUUCACAGUCUCUAUUUUACAGAUGUUUUUAAGUUGGCUUCUGUGUACAAAGCUUUUGGUGCUGUAUGGAUGUUUGUAAACCAUGCCAGUUUGUGGUUCAGUACCUGGCUCUAUGUCCUCUACUGUGCUAAAAUAAUCAAUGUUACCCAAUGGUUGUUGCUGCAAAUCAAGCUCAGAAUAACUGGGAUGGUUCCACGGCUGCUUCUAGGAUCACUGGUGGUCUCUUCCGUGACUUCUCUUCCUUUCUUAUGGACUACACCCAGCACGUACCUCUGCAGCUCAACUGGGAACUGUAGAGAGAAUAGCACAGUACACAUCAGUGACUGGGAUAGUUCACAUCUGUACAUUCUUCUUCUUUACUUUGCCGGUUGCUUUUUUCCUCUGGUACUAUCUGUGGUAACCUCAGCCCUAUUAAUUACUUCUCUGUGCAAACACACCAAGAAGAUGCAAUGCUAUGUAGAUAGUUUCAGGGAUCCUUUGAUAGAUGUUCACCUAACUGUCAUUAAAUCCAUUAUUUCUUUCCUGAUCCUAUAUCUUUCCAGUUUUGUAGCUCAAAUUCUUUUGACACUGUCAACUUCUCAAAGUCAAGAUGCUGUGAAGGUUGCAGUAUCUUUAGUAGUAGCUGGAGCAUAUCCUUCGAUACACUCUGUUAUCCUGAUCAUAGUCAAUUCAAAGCUGAAACUGGCAUUCAGGAUGCUUUGCCAGCAUUUUAAGUGUCAUUUGGAAAGUGUGACUCCCUGA